GACGGGCUGGCCAAGUGCGGCCUCAAGGACAUCCCCGCCGACCUCCAGGCCAUCCUGGAGGACGUGGACGCCGACGGCAGCGGCGUGAUCGACUACACCGAGUUCCUUGCAGCCACACUGGACAAGAAGCUGUACCUGCAGGAGCAGCAGUGCUGGUCCGCCUUCCGCGUGUUCGACAGGAAUGGCGACGGGAAGAUUUCGCUGGAAGAGUUGAAGUACGUGCUCCAGCAUGGGGAAGUCACGGACGCCUUCGGCAAGAACCAGGACAUGGAGGCCCUCCUGCGAGAGGUGGACACCAGCGGCGACGCCGGCCGCCCGCGGAGUUCAUGGCGAUGAUGCGCAAAGGCACGGGUGCCGCGGGGGAUCUGGACGGCAAUUCCAACCAGAUGUGA